UAUAUAAUCAGGGGACCUAUCUACUGGUCUGAUGUAGCUCUAUAAUGAUCGGAACCCGCGAUGCAUCCAUGAUAUGGCUCUUGUGGAUGUCAUCAUAUACACCUCUCGCGUCGCCGUAGCCGUCGCCGUCGCCGUCGUCCGCCACCCUGCCACCACCACCACCACCCACAUUGUUUACGGUUUCAGUUGCCGGAACCGGGUGGACGUCGGCGGCGGGAACUUCGUCAUCGAAAAUCUUUUGGGAUUGACAUACAUCCUGUAACAUUCUAACGUCUUGGUACUCUUGAGCUCCCAAGAUGGACUACUCCAAUCUGCGACAUGCGUUACAGACGCCCAAGUGGUCGCAAGCUCAGGAACAGGUCCUGUGCGAGCCGUAUACGUACAUAUCUGCCAAUCCAGGCAAAGAAGUGAGGACCAAGUUGAUCGAUGCUUUCAAUGCUUGGCUACGUGUGCCGGAGCAAGACCUCAAAGUCAUCACGACUGUCGUGAGAAUGUUGCACAACGCCUCGCUCCUAAUGGACGAUGUGGAGGACAAUUCUGAGCUGCGACGAGGAGUCCCAGUCGCUCAUCAGAUCUAUGGCGUACCUCAGACUAUCAAUACUGCCAAUUACAUCUACUUCUUGGCCAUGCAGGAACUUAUCAAGCUCAAUGGAUCCGUCAAGGGAAAGGAAAAAGAGACGGACCUCAUGGCCGCUGUGACUGAUGAGCUUCUUGACUUGCAUCGCGGACAAGGCAUGGAUCUCUUUUGGCGAGAUAGUCUCACUUGUCCAACAGAGGAAGAAUAUGUACAUAUGGUGCUUGGAAAGACCGGCGGGCUCUUCAGGAUAGCGGUUAAGCUCAUGAUGGCAAGAUCAGCAUCCAACGUCGACUACGUCCCGUUGGUCAAUCUUAUCUCGGUCUACUUCCAGAUCAGAGACGAUUACAUGAAUUUGCAGUCUACUCAGUACACCGAGAACAAGGGUUUCUGUGAGGAUUUGACAGAGGGCAAAUUCUCCUUCCCCGUGGUACAUGGUGUCCGGGCAGAUACGUCAAACCGACAGAUUCUCAACGUGCUACAGAAACGGACCAAUUCCGUAUCGUUGAAACAGCAUACCGUCGAUUACCUUCGAAACCAGACUCGAUCUUUUGCCUACACUCUUCAGGUCCUACGUACAAUCCACCAGCAAAUCGUCGAUGAGAUUGCAAGUCUUGGAGGCAACAAGCGGCUUGAAGCGAUUGUCGAGGCUCUACAUCUCCCGACGGACGAAAGCCUGGACACAUAAUGGGUCACAAUUCUAUAAUACUCCUGCUGCACGACCUCUUGAAGGAUCGAAUCUACACGUUUAUUACAACAUUCUGUCUAGAUCCCCAUACUGUACCUCUAUCGCACACCACUUGCAUGCACGAUUUGAUCGAUGAUCAGGAUGGCUCUGACGACCUUUUCGUCCUCCCACUUUCGACCGACGACUUGCAGACCGAGAGGGAGACCAGCAAAUGCCUCUGGACUAUCUGGACCCGUGUCAGCCUUACUGAGAUAGAGGUUGC